ACAUACAAAAAUGGACUCAGAAAUCUCUACCCAAGAAAUAUGUGCUGAUUGGUGUACUCUUGAACUCUAAAAAUGAAUAUGGUAAGCAGCCUCCACAUUUCCCUACACUGGAUGACUUUGCUGUGUAUUUGGAGGGACUUAAGAAAAAAGCAGCUACAAUGCACCCUGAGUACACCCAGAAAGAUAUGAGGGCAUUUGAAAGGGAGUACAGACAAGAGUUUGUAGGAAGAUAUGAUGAUCCGAUUGCUGCAUUUAUUGACCAUCAUGCUGUCAGAUUGGGGCUUGCUUUACCUGAUGAAAUAGAACAGAGACCUUUGGUAAGACAAGUUAUAAGAGACAGAAACAUUGAACACAGAGGAAAUAAUGUUACAACAAAACAAAGAGGGGGAGGCAAAAAAAAGCAGGGGAAAUACUGUGAUGAUUGUGAGGAGGCAUUGGCGGAGGUUUACUGCGGAGAAUGUCAGGGAGGUCUAGCAAUGUGUCGUUCAUGUUCUAAUGUCCUCCAUGCUGGGGCUUCAAGGAGGAGACAUAACUUACAAGAUAUUGACCAAGCCCCUAAAAGUGCUAACAAGCCAUACAUACCAAGGGCUUUCCUUGCACCAUUUUCCAUAGUGCUGGCAAUGUUCAGUGCAUUAUCAAGAGAUUCAAUACUGAGUUUGACAGAAGAAGAAAUAAAGAAAAGAGCACAGCCUCUUACUGACACAGAUUUACAAGAUAAACAAGCUGGAAAGUAUGUGGGAGGAUUUGAUUGUAUGGAGAAUGUACUCAUGAAUAAAGGUCUGGUGAAGAAAGAAGCUGCUAGGGUCCCUACUUAUGCUUUGUCAGCCAGUGGCCAGGUGCUAGGACAGAAGUUGUACAUAUUUUACAACCAGUUUUAUACCUUCAUGGAAUCCUGUAGGCUACCAAAGAUCCAAAACACUGACAGCGGAAGUUUCAGAACUGGAGUGAUAAACAAUAGAAAGUUGUGUUUGAUCAUAGAUGAGAAUGAGAGAGAUAAACAGAGAUUGUUAAGAUAUGCUAAAGAGAAGAAUAUAGAUGCCCAGGUUCGACUCCUUCCUGCCGGCGACUAUAUCUGGGUCCUCACUCCACCUAUGAUAGACACUAGUGUAGUUUAUACAGGAAAAGAUUAUGGGAAUGAGAUGGUACUGCCAUUUGUUGUUGAGAGGAAAAGUUGGGAAGAUUUUGAGAAUACAACUAACAGCACAAGGUUUAAACGACAGAUUAAUAACAUGCUGGGUAGUGGAUUGACAAAUUGUUUCUAUCUGAUGGAAGGAAGUACAUACGGAAUGAAAAGUAAUUCCACCCACCAUCAUCAACAAUAUCUUAAGGGAUUAUUAGAGAAAUUGAUGACAGAGAAUGGUUUCUAUAUAAACUAUACCUCAUCAUGGAUGAAGUCUGCCCAGUGGUUACUCUGGUUUACUGGAUUCUUGAGUGAUGCCUGUAAAACUGGUUUAUAUCAGGAUGAGUGUGUGUCCUACCAGGAGUAUAUGUCUAGAGUUGGUAGACAGAGAGGUAAUACAGCAACUAAUACAGCAUUUACAACUGCCAGUAGGUACACUCAUACAUGGAAAGCUUCACUAUUUGUUGACAAUAUUAUCAGAGACAGUCAAAGGGAGAGAACAAUGCUUACAACAGUAAGAGAAGAUUUACUAGGUGUCUCCAACAGAAACAGUAAACAUCUGCUAGUCUUACAAGAUCUAGAACAAUAUAACAAGAGAAGACAGACAGCCCUGAACAAAUGUUGUGAAGCAGUAUAUGCUAAUCCUGAUCAGGCAAGAGAUAUAGUAGAAGAGAAGCUGGGGCCUGUUGUGCAUAACAUGUUACAUUAUGACAUAGCUUCAUAUUGGCAGCUGUACAUGCAGGUAAGUUAUUUUGAUUAA